AUUCUUAUUCGUUUCCCUUAUAAUCCAUUACAGAUUCUGCGUUUUCCAUUGCUGAGUUUCUGUUUAUUGGAUACACGUCUAAUACUUGUCUGCUAUUUUCAGUGAUGUCAAUCUGUUAGAGCGAAAAUAUAUAUAUAUAUAUAUAUAUAUAUAUAGAUUAGUUGUUUGGGGCUCAUUCCAAAUAGCAAUAACAAGUUAGAUUUUGAUUUUAGACUUGGUUCUCAGCUGUUGUAAAAUGAAGGAACUUUCUUUGACUUUUCUUGCCUAGGUAUUAAUACAUUGAGGCUUAUUCUGUUCAUCAUCAUGCUUAAAGGAAUCCUGAAGAACAAACUUAAAAUUAACAUGCCCUGAGUAAUUUAUCUGUCUGAUUUAUUAGUUUUGCAGUGUCCAGUCUAUCAACUUCCAAUCUAUUGCUUUCAAUCCUAGACUUAUGGAUUAACUAAUUCUUCAUUUUUAUUUUUAUUUUUUUUAAAAAGAAAAAAAGAAAAAAAAGAAAAAAAAAAGAGGUCAUUCAUUUCUUAUGGAUCCAGUAUCUUUCAACAGCGACAGCGAUGCUCCCAAAAAGAGGAAAUUCAAACCAAAACCUCCUCCGCGCCGGGUACCAAAGCCUGAAGUUAAAGCUGAAGUGGUCGAGGAUGUUGAUGAUGCUAAACAGGCUAGAGAUUUGUUGAAACGCUUUAAUGAAGGUUUAAUGAGGACUAAGCCUAAAGUUGAAAAGAAAGUGGCAGCUACACAGAUUGCAUUUGGUUAUGGAGGUGCAUCAGCUACCCUAAAAUCAUAUGGUGUUCCUCGGGGUGCUAAUGAUAACAGAUUGCAAGGUUCAGCUUCAGCCUCUAAUGGUAGUACGUUUCCCUUGGGCACGAGAGAGGAGAAAGAAUAUCGAGAGCCAUGGGAUUAUUACAGUUAUUAUCCUGUAACCCUUCCUCACAGAAAGCCAUAUUCUGGAAAUCCAGAACUUCUUAAUGCGGAAGAAUUUUGGGCUGACUCAGAAAUCAUAACUUACAAUGAAAGUUCAACAAAAGUGGCAGAAGAACUUGAUCUAAUGGUUUGUAUCUUGACAAUUAUAGAUCAAAUAUUAAAUGUUUAUUCCUCUAAUAUACUUUUAAGUGUUUGUUGGCAGGAGGAGAUUCCAGAAACAAGCAUGUUCUUUGUUCAGUUACCACCAACCAUACCUUCAAUAAAACAAUCCAAUAUUGCAGAUAGCAAAGAGGCAACAGAAAGCUCACAGCCACCUGGGAGUGCGAGUAACAAACAAAAGUCACGGGCUUUGGGCGAGUUACCAGAAGGUUUCAUGGGUAAAAUGCUUGUAUAUAGGAGUGGGGCUAUCAAGCUGAAGCUUGGAGAUACCCUUUACGACGUCUCCUCAGGUAUGGAUUGUGGUUUUGCCCAGGAUGUUGUUGCUAUUAACAAUGCAGAGAAGCAUUGUUGCAUUAUCGGAGAGCUCAACAAGCGUAUAAUUUUGACACCAGAUGUAGACUCCAUUUUAAGUAGAAUGGCUGAUUUAUGAUAGUCAAUCCAAUUUUGAUUUA